GAGUGGAAGGAGGUGCGAGGGAAGAGAGCCGGUUUAAACCGCAUUAUUUUUAUUCCUUAUUUAAUCCCACACCGCGUCCUCACCGCAUAUAGAAGAGACGACAGGAACGAGGUGCGAGGGAAGAGGAAAAAAAAUUCCCGAGAAAUAGAUCAAGGAAAGAAGGAGAGGAAGGAUGGUCCAAGGGACGCUGGAGGUGCUUCUCGUCGGGGCGAAAGGUCUCGACGACUCCGAUUUCCUCAGCAAAAUGGAUCCUUAUGCUAUCCUCAUAUGUCGCACACAGGAGCAGAGAAGCAGUAUUGCAUCAGGUGCUGGGAGUGAUCCUGAAUGGAAUGAGACCUUUGUAUUCACUCUCACUGACCAUGUUUCGGAGCUCAGUAUCAAGCUCAUGGACAGUGAUUCUGUUUCAAAUGAUGAUUUUGUGGGAGAAGCAAAGAUUCUUCUUGAACCUCUGUUUAUGGAAGGAAGCCUUCCGCCAACUGCUUAUAAUGUGGUCAAGGAUCAGGAAUAUCGUGGAGAAAUCAAAGUCGGUCUCACCUUCACUCUGACGGAGAGUUGUCGUGAGCACGGCUGCUGUGAAGAAGAAAAUUACGGUGGAUGGAGAGAAUCUUCCUGAGAGGGGCUUCAGAACAUAUACUCUGUUUCAGUUGAAAGUUCAUCUUUGUCAUCAAGCAAGAAAGAAUGUUGGAUGAUUUACUUAAAUAUGAUUGCACUUUUUUUAACUUGUGCAACUGAAAAUUUUCUUGGAAGUUUGUUUAUUUUGCUAUUAAUAGUGGUUUGAUGUUUUUCUUGAAUCUCAGCCUUGAUUCCAUGCAGUGCAACUGCUCAUGUGCUUAUGGUAAAAUAAGCUUUCGCCUGACAAUUUCUAAUGAAAAAAGGGGGUUAUAAAGCGUUAA